CCUUUUUUAUUUUAUUGGUAGAGUACAUUCAUCCUUGCAUAUAAAUAUCGCUUUAACUUAUAGAAAAUCCAUACUUUAAAACCUUAAUCAAUUAAUUAAAGAUCUCACAAUACCCCAUUGUUCAUCUCAUCUCUUUUCUACUUCUGUCUGUAUGUGUCUGUCUGUCUCUCAAUCUUCAGGUGAUGUACUUUUAUAUAUUCUGGGUUCCAAUUCCAAAGCUUUCAUCAAUGGCGUCCAAGUACUUGAGCACACGCCCCCGUUUCUCUCUUGCAGUGGGGUUAGCAUAAACUCUGACAGAGUAUCAGCAUCUUCAUACUUUGAAUCCUCGUAUUCCUCUUUGUCUCUCUGUCUGUCGCUCUAUCUAAACUAGCUGGGGAUAAAAGAGGGGAGGAGUAGCAAAGAUGAUGAAGCUGACGAUAGAAGGGAUGAUGGAGAAGGGUAUUUUGGAUGAUAUCAUAAGGAGGCUGCUUGAAGGCAGGGAAGGUGGAGGGAAGCAGGUUCAGCUCUCCGAGUCGGAGGUCCGGCAGCUCUGUGUCAACUCCCGCCAAAUCUUCCUCUCGGAGCCAAACCUCCUCUGCCUUCGCGUCCCCAUCAGAAUCUGCGGUGACGUACAUGGACAGUACCAAGACCUGCUCCGGCUGUUCGACCGCGGCGGUUACCCUCCCUCGACGAGCUACCUCUUCCUCGGCGACUACGUUGAUCGCGGGAGGCAGAGCUUGGAGACGAUAUGCCUGCUCCUCGCAUACAAGAUCCGGUACCCCGACAGGAUCUUCCUCCUGCGGGGCAACCACGAAGAUGCGAAGAUUAAUCGGAUUUACGGGUUCUAUGACGAGUGCAAGCGGAGAUUCAAUGUCAGGCUGUGGAAGAUAUUCACCGACUGCUUCAACUGCCUCCCCGUGGCUGCGAUCAUCGACGACAAGAUACUCUGCAUGCAUGGCGGGCUGUCUCCCGAGCUGCACAGUUUGGACCAGAUAAGGGAAAUCCAGAGGCCGACCGAUGUUCCUGACAGUGGGCUCUUGUGCGAUCUUCUCUGGUCCGACCCCGAACCAAAGAUAAACGGAUGGGCAGACAGUGAUCGGGACAUUUCAUGCGUGUUUGGAGCAGAUAGGAUUGUCGAGUUCUUGGACAAGAACGACCUCGAUCUCAUCUGUCGGGGCCAUCAGGUGGUGGAAGAUGGGUACGAGUUUUUUGCUAAACGGAGGUUGGUGACGAUAUUCUCAGCCCCAAACUACGGAGGGGAGUUCGACAAUGCCGGUGCACUGUUGAGUGUCGAUGCGAACUUGGUGUGCUCGUUCGAGAUUCUGAAACCGGCAGACAGGAGAGGGCCAACAGGCAGCUGCAGCUCUUCUAGUUCAUCGAGAGGGACAAUCGAUAAGCCCCCAAUAUCAGGAAACAUCUAAUCCCCAACCGGGAUUUUCUAAAUCAAACUGGGAAAAACCCGAGCUAGGUCACUCGAAGAUUACACUUUGGUAUGCCAUUGUCGUUAGACGAGGCCUCAGGCUUUUCUUCAUUUUUUGAUGUAAGUUAUGCACUUGGUAGAUACUGCAAUAACACUGCAGAAUCGGGGGUUGGAUCAACAGAAGAUAACAUCGAUGUCUCAAUCGAUUGACUCUUUGUUGAGAAUGUCUGUAGUUUAAAGUGUUUUUAGCUUUGGCUUCUUUUUCUUGAGUGAAUUCUAGUUGUUGCUUUGUCUUGUUAACGUUGUCAAACAGCAAAGAGACCUUUGCUUUGAAGGAAGACUAAACCCAAAAAAGGCUACAAUCAGCAAAUCAAUGAUCAUCUUUGUUGGCUUCUGCUGGAA